AUGUCUCAACAGAAUAACCCCGGCCUCCUCGGCGGUUUGACCGACACUCUCGGCAAAACUGUGGGCGGCGUCACCAACACAGCUGGCAACGCCGUGGGUGGUCUCGGACAGACUGUCGGCGGAGCUACUGAAGGAGUGGGCCAGACUGUGUCCGGUACGACGGAUGGUCUGGGUAAUACUACGAAGAACGCUGGACAGGGUGCACAGGGAGGAGUGCAAAGUGUUGGCGGACAGAAGCAGACUGGUGACAACCCUUUGGGUUUGAACAAGAGCUAG